AUGACAAAAUCAAAAGGUAGAGAAUAUUUUGAAACUGAUACAAGUUCAGGAUAUCCAGUUGAAAAUAAUACAAGUUCAAUUAAUCAACCAGCUCAUGUUAAACAUAGUAAACAUGGUAAGGAGUCAGUAUAUGCAAAUUCACCAAAGUUAGGUGGAAGUAUGUCAGAAGCACGUGUUGAAUCUAAAUCAAAACUUAAUAAUAACAAAGUUAGUGGAUAUGAAUAUCGUAAAGAUUAUGCAAGAAACUUUGAUCGUAAUGUAGUCCAAGCACCAAUAAUAGGACCAGAUGGUAUUCCAAUUACAGCUGCUACAUCAAAUGUCACCAAUUUAGAGUUACUUAAACGUCAUUACAAUAGUUUGGAAAGAAUGAUGGAAACUCGUAUCUUUAGAGAGAAAGCCGAUGACCAAACCAAAAAGGUUAUCUAUGAUGUCAAGAACAUUUUGGCAGAUCUAAUCCUCAUGGUUGAAACUCGUAAAACCGAUGAACAAUUCCUCAGAUUUUUCAAAGAUGCCAAGCUAUUCUCUGGCGAUCUCUCCAAUGAUAAUGAGCUUAAGGUCCUCUUGGAAGACUGGAAGACCACCAUUGUCAAGAUGGCAACGGGUACAGAGGGACGUGGUAUCGUUCGUUCCACCACCCAAGUUGUGACUGAUCUUAAAGGUAGUGAAUCUAUAUUCAGAUUCCUUUCAGAGGCAAGUAAAUUCCUUCAAAUGAUAGUUUUGGAUAAAAACUCUCAAUUUGUUGAUGAGCAAAGAGAGAUUGUAUUUGAUAAUUUCUAUAAAGUAUUUAGAGUAUUAUCAUCAAGUCCAGCAUGGAAUGAUUUCGUAUUGAAUAGUAAAUCAUUGUCACGUGAAGUUAAAGCAACUGGAGAAGUUGAAUCAAAACAUGCCGCUAGUAAAUUAAAUACCAUCAAAUCCAAUGAUAAUUUCAAUUCAAUGUUUUCAAAUUUCAAGAUUUUAAUUCAAUCAUUUAUCAAAGAUAAAUCAGUGGCCGAUGUCGAUAAGGUAUUCGAGUAUGGUGGUGAAUCAUUUGAAGAGAUUAAAAAGAAUCAAGGUUACAAUGUGUUUAUGCAAGACUUUAGAAAUCUUACAAUUGAACUCAUGGAGAAUCCAGAUUUAAUUGAAGAUCCAGCCUAUAGAAAAGCAAUGCGUGAUCUUUAUGCAAAGGCUGAGACAUUAAUUGUUGAAACUAAAGAAAGUCCACCACUUCAAAAAUUCACUGCAGAAUCGUCACGUCUCAAGGAUGGUAUUGCAACUGAUGAAUUAAAUUCACGUCUUUGGACUCAUUUCAAUAGUUUACUCAGUGAUUUGAAUACUCAUACUGCCAAAGGUAACCUUCGUAUGGCUGGUCAAUUGAAGAUGUUAUUAGUUCCAUUCCUUUUGGAAGAAUUUAGAACCAUCACCAUUCCACCACAAUCUGGUUUAACUCCUGAUAGAAAUUUAGGUUACCGUAUUGGUGCUGUCAAUCUCUCAUCGAUUGAAUUGCUUCCAGAGAAUAUUCAUUUUGAAAUCUCGCAUAAAACCAAUGCUGAUCCAUACACCCUCUCCAUCAUUGAUCCAGAUACUAUCGUUUGGAUUGAACUCACUUCAAUUCGUGCUCGUAUCAAUGCUUUACCAUGGGAGUUUGAAAAAUUCAAUUUCCCAAAAAUUCGUGAUAGAGGUUUAGCAAAUAUUUUAGUCGAUGGUAGAGGUGCUCGUGUUGGUGUUGAGGUUAGAAUCUUGAAAGAUGGACUUCAAAGAAAAACUCAAAUCUUGGAUUCCUAUUGUAUUUUGGAUAAUCUUUCAAUUCAUCUCUAUGAUUGUAAACAUACUUUCCUCUAUAAAAUCUUUACAAAUCUCCUUAAAAAGAAAUUAAAAUUCGAGGUUGAAAAAGCAAUCGCUCAACAAGUCGCAAAGAUGGUUGCUGAAACAGAUUACAAAAUGGUCGGUAAAUAUCAUGUUGCUAAACAAAAUCGUCUACGUAUGAAGGCUAAACUCAAUUCACGUGUCUCUGAAAUCAAACAAAAGAUGGCUCAAAAUAAAAAGAAUAUAAAAAAAGAAAGUGCUAAAAAGAGUGUUGAAUCAUUUGCUAAAGCAGUUCUUGGUAAUAGAGCAAAUAAUUCAAAUACUGGUAAUGUCGCUUCUACCUCAACUAUUCCAACUCAAGUCACUACAACUAGAACUGAAUCUAUGGUUAUUCCACAAACUUUAAAUCAACCACAAACUGCAACUCAAUAUGUUUCUGAAACAACAACUACAAAUACAACUGAAAAAGUCUUUGAUAACGAUAAAAAAGUAUUUGAAACUCAAGAGCAAACUACUUAUGUUGGUCCAUCAACUAAUUAA